AUGGCUUCGACGACUUGUGCAAGGGAAGUGCAUUACAGAGGAGUAAGGAAGAGACCAUGGGGACGUUACGCGGCGGAGAUAAGAGAUCCAUGGAAGAAGACUAGGGUUUGGUUAGGCACUUUCGACACUCCCGAAGAAGCAGCCUUAGCUUACGACGGUGCAGCUCGUUUCCUCCGUGGAAUCAAAGCCAAAACUAACUUCCCUUCUCCUCUCUCUCUCGACCUUAACCACAUCCCUUCUUCCGCCGUCGCCGGAGAUAACCAACAACAACACCAUCAACACCUCUGUGCCUCAUUACUUCACCGCCUCGCCUGCCUCUGA